AUGCCUUCUUGUCUUGGCUCUUGUUUGUGCUCUACAUUUACGUCGUUUUUUGGGAAUAAUGACGGAAAGAGCAGAAUUCAAUACAGAAAAUUGUAUGGUACGCUUGGUUCUAUAACGACCACUUGUCCAUUUACCGGAAAGCAACAACAACAAUGUGGACCUUUACCGUUCGGGAGAGAAAUUUUCAACGUUGAUAUCAGCAAUGGAGCAAAAUCACUGAACGAUCUAGAAAUCAUUGAAUUGCGAAGAGCUCUUAUUGAACAUCACAUCCUGUUGUUUAGAUGCUCUAAACCACUCUCGCCGACAGAACAAACUCAAUUUUGUGAAAGACUAUUUGGAGAGACAGCUAGAUAUCCAUACCCUGUCAACAAUCAAGAAAUGUUGUGGAAUCAAGAACUGGACACAUACAUUCCAGGUCACCCUGAUAUUUGGAAAAUAGUUUCUACAGACUAUACAGCUGCGAAUCAACGAGUUCUAUCUAAAUGCGCACUGAUUUCCUCAUGUCCAUCAUCACCACAACCCUCCACUAACAGCAGCAGUUCUGCAACUCAAAGUAUUUAUAACUCACCUCAAAAAGUUUCCUAUCCUCAAUCUCCUCAACAAUAUAACAUGCCAUGUCAACAACAGCAAAUGCAACAAACACCAUAUUCUCCCUCUUUAAAUAUGCAAUCAUCACCACAAUAUCAACACAACUAUCAACAAUAUGGAACCUCUCCUUACACUACACAACAAUACAACUAUGCAAGUCAACAACCACAAUAUCAACAACAAUAUAAUUUGCAUGGCAAUCAAUCCUCUCUAACUCCAUACUACCAAGCUCAGCAAAGUCCCUAUUCCCCUUUAAUGAAAUACGAACCUUCUAGAUCAUUCUCGCCAAUUUCCUCUUCCUCUCAAUAUCAAACCACAACCACAUAUAAUAUCGAUAAGCCAACAUUUGCUGCUGGUAACUUCUUCUACUGGAAUUGUGAUGGAGCUUAUAGACAUGAGAUUUGCCCUACACCUGUGACUGUUUGGAAUGCUGCAUUAUCCAACAGAGAUGAUGAAAUACUCUUCACUGAUUUGCAAUUGGCUUAUGAGCGAUUAGAGGAAGCAGUUAAGCAAAAGACAAGCAAGGUGUUCAGCAUUAUCAAAGGUCCCAGCAGCUCUUCAGUUCAGCCACUUGUUAGAAAACAUCCAGUUACAGGCAAAAAAGGAUUGUAUUUGCAUACAGGACUUCUAUCGGGAUUUUUAGUGUCGACUGACGAAUGCAAUCAUUCGUCGACAGAACAAUGUCCAACUGAAAUUAACAACACCAUUAAUUUACCCGAGACUAAAAUCAAAACAAUGGGCUGCUCUUGCUGCAAGCAACUGAACCAAUGUCUUAUUAACCAUUUGGACAAUGGUCCAGUUUUCAGGCUUAAGUGGAAAACAGGUGACAUUGUUGUUUGUGACAACAUGGCAGUGGCAUUUCGAGGAGUUUACAAUCCACACAUUCAACAAGGACAAAAUACAAUAUUGUACAAAACAGCUAUUGACACUCAUGACGUUUUUUGGCUGAGAGACAGCGAACUCUAUAAACAAUGCAAUUAA